AUGACAGAACAGCAGAGCGCCCCGCAGCAGGCUCCUGCCGGCAAAGCCCAUGGUGGUCUUGGGGGCAGCUUCAAGAUCUCCGUGUUCGAGCUGGAGAAUUUCCAGGGGAAGCGGUACGACCUGACCCGGGAGUGCCCCAACUUGACAGAGGAACGGCUGGAGAAGGUGGGCUCCAUCCAGGUGGAGCAGGGGCCGUGGCUGGGAUUUGAAUGCCAGGCCUUCCGGGGUGAGCAGUUUGUCCUCGAGAAGGGGGACUACCCGCGCUGGGAUGCCUGGUCCAACAGCCAUCGCAGCGACAGUCUCCUGUCCGUGAGGCCUCUGCAUGUGGACGGGCCUGACCACAAGCUGCACCUGUUCGAGAACCCCGGCUUCAGCGGCCGCAAGAUGGAGAUCCUGGACGACGACGUCCCAAGCCUGUGGGCCCACGGCUUCCAGGACCGCGUGGCCAGCGUCCGAGCCCUCAAUGGAACCUGGGUGGGCUACGAGUACCCCGGCUACCGCGGACGGCAGUUCGUCUUCGAGAAGGGCGAGUACGGGCACUGGAACGAGUGGGGCGCUGGCCGGCCUCUGGUGCAGUCCGUCCGACGCAUCCGAGACCAGAAGUGGCACCGGAGAGGCUGCUACCCCAGCAGCUGA